UUCUACUUUGGCACCACCUAUAAACAUGUCUACAAGGGACUCCCACUUUUCAUUCAUUCAUCUAGAAGAUCCCAACCAUGUGCUACAUAUGGAAAAGUGGCAAGAUAAUCCGAUUCCUUUCGACGAUAUUGACACCCAAGCAUUGUUUGAUGCAACUGCAAACCUAUUCCCCCAGUAUUUACUUGAAGAAGAAGAAGAUGGAGGCAUUCCUAUAUCAUCAUCCACGAUAGGGGCUAAGAUAAUAAAGGAUAGAAAAUUAUUAAAGGAUCGUACUUGGCAGGACCUUGGGAUCUUUGAUAGGUUUCUUGAAGAAUCUGCUCCCAAGAGACGAGAUGAAACGAUAUUGAAGUCAGUAUACACCAAACUGCACAACCCAGUGUAUGACGUCGACAAUGAACAUCCAGAAUUAACCAUGGCCGAGUUCUUGUCCAGUGGAUACGAGGUAGAUAUGGUGGAUGAACAUGAAAUCUCGUCAUCUGAUAUUGUGAAUGACAGUAUCAUGGGUAACACUGGUGAUCUUUCUCUCACAUCAUCGGACUUAUUGGGUCCAUCUGGGAACUUUUCUAUGAAUGUACGAUCUAGUUCUGUCAAUUCGAAUGCUGUACAGACUCCUAGACCCCCCAGAACUAGACAAUUAUCUACAGAUCGAAACUUCCAAACGCCAAUUACAAGAAUCAUUCGAUAA